AGUACAAAGUAAAACGCUUUUCCAUUUUGUCUUUACAGGAUGACAAAGUAUCUAUACUUGAUGAUGCAAUAGAAUAUCUGAAAGAGCUAGAGAGAAGGAUUGAGGAGUUGGAAUCUUGCAGGGAGUUGGAAGACUUAGAACCAAAAACAAGGAGAAAACCCCAAGAUGCCAGAGAGGGAACAUCUGAUAACUACGGAAACAAGAAAAAUGAUAAGGCGAAGAAGCCAUCAGUGAACAAGAGGAAGGCUUGUGACAUGGAGGAAGUGGGGCCAUACACGAAUCACACAGUGUCAAAGGAUAGCUCAGCUGAUAGUAUAGCUGUUAGUAUGAAGAACAAAGUUGUCAUAAUUGAGAUCAGAUGUCCAUGGAGGGAGGGAUUGUUGCUAGAAAUCAUAGAUGCCUUGAGCAAUCUCCAUUUAGAUUCUCACUCGGUUCAAUCUUCCACUGUCGACGGGAUCAUUUCCUUAAUUAUUCAAUCUACGAUCAAGGGACCAAAUCCGGUAUCAGCAGCAACAAUCAAACAAGAACUUCAGAGAAUUGCUUGGAACAGUUGAAGCUUGUUAUUUUCUCACUGAUACCAAGAGGUUCAUUUCAUUUUUAGGAAUCCAUUUAGUCCCAUCUUUUGUACAAUUCCAUAGAAGGGGUUUUGUAGUUCUUUGAUGACACUUUUCCUGCUGGUAGUUUCUAAUAAAGACUUCAAAACUUGCUCUAGGUCUGGUAAUUUUCUUUUAACUCAUUUGACAUGUAUGUACCUAACAAAUCUUGUAUCAUGACAUUUAAAUUUCCAUAGGUGUAUGCUUAAUAACAUUAGAUCCGUCGAAAUCACAUUGAAAUAAAAAAGUAUGCA